CUAAUUCCCUUCUUUACAAUUUCUAAUUCAUCUCUCAACUUCAGUACUCUCUCUUUCUUGCUUCAACUCUUUCACUAUGACAUCACAAAAUCAACAGUCUCAUUUCCAUGAUGACCUUCCUUUCAUGGCCAACAAGCUUGGUGGAGAUGGUCUAAUAGAUGAGCUGUGCAAUGGGUUCAAUCUUUUGAAGGAUUCAGAUAAAGGGGUCAUCACUUUUGAAAGCCUGAAGAAGAAUUCAGCUUUGUUGGGAUUGCAAGGUUUAAGCGAUGAAGAUCUCCAGUCUAUGCUUAUGGAAGGUGAUUUUGAUGGAGAUGGGACUCUUAAUCAAAUGGAAUUCUGUGUUUUGAUGUUUAGAUUGAGCCCUGAACUUAUGGAGGAAUCUAAAUUGUGGUUGGAAGAGGCCCUUCAACAAUAACUUCAACAUCAUUUUUUUUCUUUGUUCGUGACUCGUGGGAAGAAAAUGAGACAAAAAUGAAUGAUAAAUGACAUUUUUCUCCUUGUAUAUUCCUCAUAUAAAUUCGAUUAUUAUCCCCAUACGGGUGCUUUAGUUAACAAGAGAUGAGAUGUGAUUUUAUACCUCUAAUUCAAACAUUUGUUUAAUGAUAAAAGAUCAUUUAACUUCGAUACAUAUUA